AUGAAGAACCCCAGCGUGGAGUUCGCCGGGUACACGGUGCCCCACCCCUCAGAGCCCAUCAUGAACGUCAGAGUUCAGUGCCACGAGGGGACGACGACGGACAGCGCAAUGUUGGAGUCGCUGGGAAAUCUGUCGCAGGUCUGCGACCACGUGCUGAAGACCUACAGGAAGCUCCGCCGUUGCUCACCGCUGCGGCUCGCCCAGGGGAGACGAGGAAGACGAGGAAGGAGGGGGUCCGUCAAGGCGCACGCGCGAGAGCGAGAUGGCGCCCUGGGCGCGGCGGCACCCAUGCAGACGGACUGA